UUAUAUGUAUUGAUAAUGUGCGUUAACCGCGACGUAAUAUUGUUUACAUAAAAUUUUGUAAUUUAUUUACUGAAUUUUUCACUGAGUGAUUAAAAUAAGUGUAUUAAUUGGAUAAGUAGUGAGUAUUAUUAUAAAAAAAUAAUUUAUCAUUUAUACCUGUUUGUGAGUUUAGUUUUUGUUACAAAAAUGAAUACAACAAUUGAGAUUCAUUGGGACCACAAUUGAACAAGAUAUGAAGAAAAGAACAAAUAGAGAACAAAGUUAUUUAAUUUAUAAAAAACAAAAAUGUUGACUACUACUGGAUUAAUGGCAUCAAGUGGCUCUGGUCUUCCUAGUCCUGCUCAUGAGUCUCCAGACGAUAAUUUAAAUAAGUUUACCUCAUUUUUGCACAGUGUUGCUGGGUAUGUAGAUAUCGAAUUAGACACUGUUUUGCAAGAUCAUUGUUAUGCUAGACCAUGGAAUUGGAGGCCAGAAAAUAUUUAUGUAAAGCCAGUAAAAAAAAUUUUCUUUGCUCCUGAUCAAGAAGUAUCGGGAAAUCAACAAAGUGAGGAUGAUGAAAUCGAUGUAGAACAUUGUGACAUGACAAAUGAAGUAUCUUUGCCGUAUGACUUGACAAAGUUAUGUCAAGGUAUGGAAGAAUCUCAGAAACUGGCAAGUUUUGCUAGACCAGAUGAUGAAAAUGCUGAUGACUGGGGAGAAAAAAUCGAGAAAACUUUUUUCACAGGCUUACAAAAAAAAAUUUUCGCUCGUGUGCUUCAUGUCUUGAGUACUGAAAGGUUAACUAGGCUAGCAAAAGUGAAUUGCUCUACAGAACCUAUUUAUCGAAGGAUAUCUACAGAUUCUUCAACACAAAAAUUUAGGGAGAUUUUAGCCUCAGCUGGAUGGGAUUUAAGUAUAAGCCAGUGGUUACAUGGGUUACUCUUAGAAAAUCUUCCCCGAGAAUAUCUCGUAAUUUAUUUGGACAUUCUUCAAACAUUACGUGCAAAAGUUCCUCAACUUAUUGAAAAAAUGAUAACUGUUCAACCGAAUGCGAUGGUGAAACUGGGAACAAUACCAGCAGAGUCACUAGGAGCUGUUCUCAAAAGGUCCUGGGAUCCUAUAGCAUCGUGUUUGAAUUCAAAUCGCCCAAAAAAAUUACCAGGGAACCCAGUGAUUAUUGUAGCACCAUCAGGUGUUGGUACCAGUAUUUCAUCUCGUCAACACAAAUGGAUUACGCAAUUAGGUUCACUUGGUACAGUUGUCACGAUUCACUCGCAUGUGGGAUUGUCAGCAAAUAGAAUGACCAUGAUGGCAUGUAUGGAGCAAUUAGUACAAGCAACUAGAGCAAAAAUUCAGGACGUGAGAAGUGAUUUUCCAGGAAGGCCAAUAAUUCUUAUUGGGUUUAAUACUGGGGCAGCUUUAACUUGUCAGGUUGCUCAAAUGGAACAUGUAACUGCUGUAGUGUGUCUAGGGUUUCCUUUUACUACAGCUGAAGGUAACAGAGGUACUCCUGACGAUACUUUAUUGGACAUACGAUGUCCUAUACUAUUUGUCGUUGGUCAAAACGCUAAAUUAACUAGAACAGAUGAUAUUGAGGACAUCAGAGAAAAAUUAUUGGUAGAAAGUAGCUUAGUAGUUGUGGGAACUGCGGAUGAUUAUUUGAGAAUUUCCACAACUAAAAAAAUAUCUGAUGGAAUUACCCAAAGUAUGGUAGAUAGAUGCAUCCUAGAUGAAAUUGCUGACUUUGUGGCGGGUAUAAUUUUGCAACCAUAUCCUUUACCCUUGAGACCUGUUGGAUUUUACAACCUUGAAAAAGCUAAUAAAAGAGAGCAGAGAAAGAGAAAAAACUCACCGACUAAUUUGAUGGGGGAUGAGUUGAAUUUUCUCAAUGCUCAGAAAAAAUCUCGUCCAACUACUCCAGUUGAUAGAGUCACUUUAACGACGAAUCAAACGUCGCAAAAUUUAUCAAAAUCUAAUAUAAUUAACCAGACAACACUUACUAAAAUAAGGGGAACAAAUAUUAUUAAUCAAACUCCUGUACAAAGAAGGAGAUCUAAAACUGUUAAUAUUCAAAAGACCGGUAUUGUGGAUCAGUCAACACCAAUUAAACAACUAGUUCAGGGAAAUUCUACGGCUUCUAAUGGUGGACUCACAUUGAAUAUCGGCUCUCUAGCGAGUUUAGGUUCUGGUGGGCCAAUAAAAUUGGGUCCAUACUCAACAUCUCAAAGUUCAAACAUGCAAGUGAAAUCUAACACUUCUAUAAAACAGCCUGUCAGUUUAACAAAUGUAUCUAAGAUGAUACAUUCUAAUAAUCUAUCUAAUUUACCUGGAAAAAUUAAGACUGUUUCACCAAACACUAAAAUAUUUAAUAAAACUCUGGCAAUAAAUAAUAAAAAUGCUGUUGCCAGUAAUAGAACUAUAUCAAGUAAUAAUUAUAAAAGUAUGAAUAUUCAAGAAAAAUCUGGGGACGCAAAACUUGUUACAGUUUUAGCUACUUCUGGAAAUCAAGUUCGUGUUUCUACUCCAACUUUAUCAGUCAUUCAAAAUAAAUCGAUGGUAAACUCGUCAUCUCAUUUAACGGCAUUGCUUCACAGUAGGAAAAGUGCAAAUGACGGUGGAAAUAAUUCUGAGGCUUCUGGUAUAGCUACUUCAACUGGGUUACAUUCAAAUGAAUCAUCUAGCAUGAAUUCUACCGCAGUUAUUACGUCAACGACGACGGCAAAAGCUAUGGAGAGUACCAGACAUGCCAUGAAUGCUGAUUCAUCCAAUACGAUUAGUGUUACCAGAAUAUCUGAAAAUACAGCAAAUUCGGAUCAAUUACCAACGUUUACAAUCAAUGAAAAUACUGGUAACCCAAUUACACUUGUACCCUGGUUAAGUAAGACUAAUAACUGCCAAAAAAUAUCUCAAACCACACCUAAAAUAACAAUUAACCAGAAAAAUCAAUGGAAAGAACAGCAAUCAUCAUCAACAAUUCUUAAUGACAAUUCUUCAAUUGACUUAGAUGAUGAACUAGGGAAUAUAUUGGAUAUUCCAAUUAUUUUUGCUAAAGAUGACGAUAAUUUAAAUAUUAUUGAAAAAACUCCUUCAUUGUCUCUAACGAGUGCCAGUGAUGUCUGUCAACAAAAUGUUCCACCGAAAGUUGUUCCCACAACCACGAAGGUUGUUUUACUUAGUAACAAAGAGGGGAAGGUUUACUGUCCUCCGACUAAAGUGCAUGCCAAGAUUAGUGAGCAAACAUUGAUACAACCAAAUACUUCAUCUGAAAAUGGAAAUCUAAUUCAACGAGUACGAGCACAAAAUUCAUUAGUCUCUAACUGGAAUAAUGGAUCAUCAAAAAACGUUUCAAGAUCAACAAACCCAACAAUUAAAUACACUAAAAUAAUAUUGUCUAAACGAAGUUCUGACGUUCCAAAUUCUUCUAAUGAUCCAGUUAUUUUAAAAAAAAAUACAUCUAAACGUUCGUCCUACCAAGUUAUUACAGACAAUAAAAAUCAACAAUUAACUACAUUGCCUGUUAAAAUUAUUUCUAAGUGGCAGAAAUAUAGUGUUGAAGAUACUUAUAAUGCUCAAGAUAUUAUUGAAACUAAAGAUGAUAUAACAUUUAAUGAUUUAUUAGAAUAUGAUUCUAAAUCUAUUGAAAAAGAUGAAUAUUAAAAAUAUUAAAAAAAUUUUGAAGCUCUUCUAUCAUUGAUUCAUAUAUAUAUUAUAUUACUCAAUUAGAAUACAUUGUUAUUUUUCCUGAUAAAUUUACUAUUUCAAACCGAUAAAAUUGUAUGACAAAAUUCAUCAUCUUUUUACAUGCUGCAUUAUGAUUUUAU